AUGUGUCAGCUAAAAUUAGGAACUGGAAUUAUGUUCUUGAUGGGUUCUAGAACAUGGGAUGACAUUGUGUUCAAGGAUCCACUUAACACUUUUUCCGGCAUCAACAACUAUAAAUCAAUCUUUUGGGCUCUUCGAUUCCAAGGUAGGAUCUUUUUCAAGGCAUUAUGGUUCGAUAUCAUCAGCAUUUGGCAGCCUGACGAGUCUAUUAUAAUGGUUCGAUGGACUGUUCAUGGUAUACCACGAGUGCCAUGGGAGACCACCCGUGGUAGGUUUGAUGGUGUUUCAGAAUACAAGCUCGAUCAGAAAGGAAAGAUUUACGAGCACAGAGUCUACAAUAUUGCUCUAAAUAACGGUCCGCCUAAAUUCAGAGUAUUAUCUGUCGAGGAUCUAAUUCAAUCCCUUGGAUGUCCAUCGACACCAAGACCAACCUAUUUCGAGAUUUCUCCCUAUAUGUUGAACCUAGAAUCAGUUGAAGCGAGUUUUGCUUGGGUUAAGAACUCUUUAGUUUCUAGUUUGGGAUUUAAGAUGAAGAAAUCAAAGCAAUCACAAGGUUAG